ACUUGUGCAUUACAAGACAAAGUAAGAUUAGAUGAUCAUAACAUUACUACGUUUUGGAAGCUUGAAGCCAAGCCACAGUUGCUGUGGAAAAUAAAUAAAUAAAAAAACUUGUGCGAGGAAAGGUAGCGAGUGAGCUGAGUUGGUGGCGGAGAAGUAAUGGCAGUUCCCCAAAACCCAACGAAUUUACAAGAAGAAGAGGUUCAGGCUGAGGCCCCAUCGCAUCACCCUUCUCCUCCGCCCGACGAGCUAUUCGAGGUCUCCACGACAGUGGAUCCUAGUUAUGUAAUCUCUCUCAUUCGGAAACUGUUACCAACUACUCAGGCUCAGGCUCAGCCUCAAAAAGAGAGCAUGGAGCUUGAUCAGCAGCAGGAACAACAACAACAACACCAUAAUCAUCAUGAUCAUGAUUCUCUCUCACUCGGAGUUGGAGACCAGGCUUGGGAAGACUAUGGCUGCAUCUUAUGGGAUCUUGCUGCUAAUAAAACACAUGCUGACUUUAUGGUGGAGAACCUUCUGCUGCAAGUGCUUUCAGCAAAUCUCAUGGUUCAGCAGUCUGCUCGUGCCAUUGAAAUUUGCCUUGGAAUCAUUGGAAACCUUGCUUGCCAUGAAGGUCCUAUGAGACUUAUAGUCAGUACAAAUGGAUUGAUUGAAUUGAUUGUGAAUCAAUUAUUUUUAGAUGACACACAAUGUCUAUGUGAAGCAUGCCGGUUGUUUAGUCUGGGUCUCCGGAGUAGUGAGAGUAGUACUUGGGCGGCAGCGAUUCAGUCUGAACAUGUUCUUUGCCGUAUUUUAUGGAUUGCUGAAAAUAGCUUAAAUCUACAACUUGUAGAAAAGACUGUUGAACUAUUAUUAGCCAUCAUUGAAAGUUCGCAAGAAGUCAUGCAAAUUCUUCUUCCACCUUUAAUUAAGAUGGGUUUACCAAGCGCAUUGCUGAGUUUAUUGGCUUGCGAGAUCAGUCAGCUAAUGAACGAGAAAGUUCUUGAAAGGUUGUCGAUUCUUGAUGUAACACUACGCGCAAUUGAAGCUAUAUCUGUCAUUGAUGGACAUUCUGAAGAGAUCUCUUCAAGCAAGGAACUUUUUCAACUGGUUUGCCAAUUAGUCAAAAUUUCUGAUAAAGCUGAGGUCGCAAACUCUUGCGUCACUGCUGCAGUUUUAAUUGCAAAUAUUCUAUCAGAUGUACCUGAUUUAGCAUCAGAGAUUUCAAAUGAUUUGAACUUUUUACAGGGUUUGCUCGAUAUAUUUCCUUUUGCUUCGGAUGAUUUAGAAGCACGAAGUGCACUUUGGAGCAUCAUGGCAGGGUUACUCCUCCAAGUUCAAGAAAGCGAGAUGAGUUUGUCAGCUCUAUGUGAAUAUGUUUCUGUUUUAGCAAGCAAAUCUGAUCUGAUUGAAGAUGAUCUUCUUGACUACCAACUAGAUGGCUCAAAAUCUAAUGCUAGAACUACAGCUCUUAGAAGGAUGAUCAACAUCUUAAAUCUGUGGACUGUAUCAAAGGAUGAGCCCAAAGAGAACGAUCAAAUGGCAGCUGAAAAUCAAACAAUUAAUGCAGAUAUCAGUAGAUUGUUGGAUUGUUGCAGAAAGCAUACCGAAUGAAACACACAAGUAAGCAAUCUAGGAGGAGAGAAUGAUACUGCAAGUGAUUGAAACUACACUCUGAUGACCAAAUUGAUAGGACCAAGGAUACACCUUUUUCCAGAAUUUGCUGAUGAAUCAAUCAAAGAAGUACUGGUAUGAUAUUAUGUUGCUAUGCUAAAUGGAUGAAAGGAAUUUUAUGUGGUACUUUGUCCCUACCCCUGACCAUGUUAUGAUUUGUUAAAACAAAGUAGCCAAAUGGCUCGAGAAGUUUGAAUGGAGGAUGUGGGGGCAAGUACGUGAACCACGUUGUGGCUACUCAAGCCAUACGCGUUGCAGGUAUGAUCCUCAUGUACCACCAGGUCUCAUAAUUUUGAAGCGGUCAAAACUGGCUUUAGAAUGUCUACUUUUUUAUGAAACUCUGAUCUUCAGGAGAGGAGAGGAGGCUGAAGGAAUGUCGGCAAAUAUAUGUACUUUUGUUUUUGGGUUGCAAAGCAAUAGUAUAACUGAGGAAUUGAAUUAUGAAA